UACUCUCAUCAUUUUAGGGUUAUGGCUUAUAUUUGACGGUUCAUCAAAUUAAAAUUUUAAUAAAUAAUGUUUUUUUUUCCUUACAAGGUCUUUGCUCUGAUUAGAUCUGGUGACGAUGGACAUGGAGACUUCUUGGAGAUUUCUCAAAAGUGUUUGCAUACUUUCCUUUCUCAUUGGCGCUUGUUCUGUCUACCAAAGCCUUUGUCUUGUCGAUGCUCAAGCAGACGCCAUUGUAACAUUGCAAGUAGAUGCUUCUAACAUGACAAGACGACCAAUUCCUGAAACUCUAUUCGGAAUCUUCUUUGAGGAAAUAAAUCAUGCUGGAGCAGGUGGACUAUGGGCUGAACUUGUUAGCAACAGAGGAUUUGAAGCUGGUGGACAAACCAUUCCUUCCAAUAUCUGGCCUUGGUCCAUUAUUGGAGAUGAAUCAUCCAUAUAUGUCGUUACAGACCGUUCUUCGUGUUUUGAGCGUAACAAGAUUGCUCUUAAAAUGGAAGUGCUUUGUGACAGCAAUGGCAGUAGCAAUUGUUGUCCAUCAGGAGGAGUUGGGAUUUAUAACCCGGGUUAUUGGGGCAUGAACAUUGAAGAAGCGAAGAAAUACAAAGUGGUGUUCUAUGUGCGUUCGACCGGAGACAUCGAUGUGUCUGUGUCGUUUACAAGUUCGAAUGGAUCAUUGACUCUUGCGUCAGAAAAUAUUAUAGCUUUGGCUUCUGAUGUUUCAAAUUGGACUAAAAAGGAAAUGCUUUUAGAAGCAAAUGGAACAGAUAAUGGUGCAAGACUUCAGUUUACAACAACCAAAAAAGGUUCAAUUUGGUUUGACCAAGUCUCAGCCAUGCCUAUGGAUACUUACAAGGGCCAUGGGCCGGCUCUGGGUUUCAGAAAUGAUCUUUUCCAAAUGAUGGUUGAUCUAAAACCGCGUUUCAUCCGAUUCCCGGGUGGUUGUUUUGUGGAGGGUGAAUGGUUAGGCAAUGCAUUCCGCUGGAAAGAAACCGUGGGAGCUUGGGAAGAGAGACCUGGCCAUUAUGGUGAUGUUUGGAAGUACUGGACUGAUGAUGGCCUUGGUCACUUUGAAUUCUUUCAACUUGCAGAAGACAUUGGUGCAGCCCCAGUAUGGGUGUUUAACAAUGGGAUCAGUCACAAUGAUCAAGUUGAAACAGAAAAUGUCAAGCCUUUUGUUCAAGAAGCGAUUGACGGUAUAGAGUUUGCUCGCGGAGAUCCUCAGUCUACAUGGGGAUCGGUUCGAGCUGCAAUGGGACAUCCAGAGCCUUUUGAACUGAAAUAUGUUGCGGUCGGGAAUGAAGAUUGUUUUAAGAGUUACUACAGAGGAAACUAUCUUGAGUUUUAUGAUGCUAUCAAAAAAGCUUAUCCAGACAUCAAAAUCAUCUCCAACUGCGAUGCAUCGUUUAAGCCGCUCGAUCACCCUGCUGACUACUUUGAUUACCACAUUUAUACUCUUGCAAAGGAUUUGUUUUCCAGGUCCCAUGACUUUGACAAUACACCGCGCAACGGUCCAAAGGCUUUUGUUAGCGAGUACGCUGUAAACAAAACGGAUGCUAAUAAUGGAAACCUUUUGGCCGCUCUUGGGGAAGCAGCCUUCCUCCUUGGUUUGGAAAAGAACAGUGACAUUGUAGGAAUGGUUAGCUAUGCACCUCUCUUUGUCAACACAAAUGAUAAAAGGUGGAUCCCUGAUGCAAUAGUUUUUAACUCGUCUCAUCUAUAUGGAACUCCUAGCUAUUGGGUCCAACAGUUCUUCACCGAGUCAAGCGGAGCAACUCUUCUCAAUUCUACUCUUAAGGGAAACUCUUUUUCUAUUGAAGCAUCUGCUAUCUCCUUCCAAGCCAAUGGCAAAACUUACAUACAAAUCAAGGCUGUAAACUUUGGAGAAGAAUCAGUAAAUCUAAAGGUAACGGUGACCGGAUUGAUCGCAAAAUUUUAUGGAUCCAAGAAGAAAGUACUUACAUCUGCCAAUGUGAUGGAUGAGAAUUCUUUCUCAACCCCAGAGAUGAUUGUGCCGCAAGAAAGCUUGCUAGAGAUGACUGAGGAGGAGGACCUUAUGUUUGUUCUCCCGCCGCACUCGUUCUCCUCCUUCGAUUUGUUGAAACAAUCUGAAAAUAUCAUCAAGAUGCCAAUUGAUUCCUACAACAAAACUUCAACAAUGUGA